GCUACUGUCUACCGCCUCCAUCGGAGUCUGUGCCAGGAAAGCUUUCAAGAUAUACGAUCGGAGGAGUCUCUUUGAUGCCGUCGCACAAGGAGAUCCCAGCCAGCUGGAUGAUUUGCUGAUCUACCUGCUGGACUCGCUAAAAAACCUGACCGAUGUGGAGUUUAAAGAGCCCGACACCGGCAAGACCUGCCUGCUGAAGGCCAUGCUCAACCUUCACAACGGCCGCAACGACACCAUCCCUUUCCUGCUGGAGAUUGCGGCGAAGACGGGGAACCUGCCGGAGUUUGUGAACGCCGGAUACACAGACAGCUAUUACAAGGGUCAGACUGCUCUCCACAUCGCCAUCGAGAGGCGCAACAUGUACCUGGUCAACCUCUUGGUCAAGAACGGCGCGGACAUCCACGCGAGAGCCCAUGGGGAAUUUUUCCAGAAGAUCAAGGGGAAGCCGGGAUUUUAUUUCGGAGAACUGCCCCUCUCUCUCGCCGCCUGCACCAACCAGCUGAACAUCGUCAAGUUCCUGCUGGAGAAUCGUUACCAGCCGGCCAACAUCGCCACGCAGGACUCGAUCGGCAACACCGUCCUCCACGCCCUGGUGGAAAUCGCCGACGACACCGACGACAACACCAAGUUUGUCACCAAGAUGUACAACGAUGUGCUCAUCCUGGGGGCGAGCAUCAACCCCACCCUCCGGCUGGAGGAAAUCGCCAACCGCAGAGGGUUGACCCCACUUACCCUGGCCGCCAAGACGGGGAAAAUACAGGUCUUCGCCUACAUCCUUCGGCGGGAGAUGAAGGAGCCGGAAUGCCGUCACCUCUCUCGCAAAUUCACCGAGUGGGCCUACGGACCCGUCCACUCCUCGCUUUACGACCUCUCCAGCAUCGACACCUGCGAGAAGAACUCUGUCUUGGAGAUCAUCGCUUACAGCAGUGAGACCCCGAAUCGCCACGAAAUGCUCCUGGUUGAACCCCUCAACCAGCUCCUGCAGGAUAAGUGGGACCGGUUUGUGAAGCACCUCUUCUACUUCAACUUCUUCAUCUACACCGCGCAUAUCCUCAUCCUCACCGUCGCGGCCUACUACCGACCUACCAAGAGGGAAGGAACGCCUCCGUUUAUCUUUCGUCACACGAGAGGCGAGUACUUCCGGGUCACCGGGGAAAUCCUGAGCGUGUUGGGAGGCGCCUAUUUCUUCUUCCGGGGGGUAAGAGUUUGGAUCAGCCCCCCCCAG